UAUUGUAAUUUCUCAGGUAUUUCCUUCACACCUCCAUAGCCAAGUCAAUGUCUCUCCAUUUCCUUCUCUCUCCAUUCAAACCAUUUCACAUACUUAUUUAGAACCAACACACAACAAUCAACCUCAUGUUCUUGUUGAAUCUCUAGACCCUAAUCCUAAUUUUUCGCCACUGCGAUCAGUAGUAGAAUCAUCUCUGUCCACAACAUGAAUUUGUAUAAAGUACUCAGCUCUGUACUACAAGCUGUUCUUCUAUGGUGUUGUGUUGGUUUUUUGGCGAUCGCCGAGGACGAUGUGAACUGUUUGCAAGGUGUGAGGAAUUCAGUUUCCGAUCCACAAGAGAACCUAGCUUCAUGGAAUUUUGCAAACUCAACGGUCGGUUUUAUCUGCAAUUUCGUCGGCGUUUCUUGCUGGAACGACCGCGAGAACCGUCUAAUCAGCCUCGAGCUUCGUAGCAUGAGCCUCGCCGGUGAAAUUCCGGGCGCUUUACAGUACUGUCAAAGCUUACAAACUCUCGAUCUGUCUGGUAAUGGCUUCUCCGGUCCGAUCCCUACUCAAAUUUGCAAGUGGUUGCCUUAUUUAGUCACCCUUGAUUUGUCAAACAACGAUUUAACCGGUUCGAUCCCCGCCGAUCUCGUUAAUUGCUCGUAUUUGAAUAAUCUUAUAUUAUCAAACAACUCGUUGUCUGGUAAUAUACCAUAUCAAUUUUCUAGUUUAGGUAGGCUUAAGAAAUUUUCCGUUGCUUAUAAUGAUUUAUCCGGUACGAUUCCGUCCUUUCCUAGUACGAUUACGGCGGAUGAUUUUGCUGGAAAUGAUGGUCUUUGUGGUAGUCCUCUUGGGAAGUGCGGUGGUUUGAGUAAGAAAAAUUUGGCGAUAAUUAUAGCUGCUGGAGUCUUUGGUGCGGCGGCGUCGUUGUUGUUAGGGUUUGGGGCAUGGUGGUGGUAUUUUACUCGGUCCAGUCGGAGGAGGAAGGGAGGAUCUGGGACUGGAAGAGAUGAUAGUGAUAGUUGGGCUGAAAGAUUGAGAUCUUUUAAGCUUGUUCAGGUCUCCUUGUUUCAGAAACCGCUUGUGAAGGUUAAGUUGGCGGAUUUAAUGGCUGCGACAAACAAUUUUAAUAUGGAGAAUAUUAUAAUUUCGACUAGGACAGGGACUACUUAUAAGGCUGUUCUUUCUGAUGGGUCAGUUCUUGCUAUUAAACGGCUUAGUUCUUGUAAGUUGAGUGAGAAGCAGUUUCGCAUGGAGAUGAAUAGGUUAGGUCAGCUCAGACAUCCCAAUUUGGUGCCACUUUUGGGGUUUUGUGUGGUGGAAGAGGAGAAGCUUUUGGUUUAUAAGCACUUGUCUAAUGGGACUUUGUGUCAUCUAUUGAAUGGAAAUGCAAAUGUUUUGGAUUGGCCGACUAGGUUUAGAGUUGGUUUGGGUGCUGCAAGAGGGCUUGCUUGGCUUCACCAUGGUUGUCAACCUCCCAUACUGCACCAGAAUAUCAGCUCUAAUGUUAUUCUCCUUGAUGAGGACUUUGAUGCUAGGAUCAUGGAUUUCGGGUUGGCGAGGCUUAUGGCUCCUUCGAACCCUAACGAGAGCAGUUUUGUCAAUGGUGACCUGGGUGAAUUUGGCUACAUAGCUCCAGAGUACCCGAGCACCAUGGUGGCUUCAUUGAAGGGCGAUGUUUAUGGUUUUGGGGUGGUGCUUCUAGAGUUGGCAACUGGGCAGAAACCUCUCGAAGUUAGCAAUGUUGAGGAAGGAUUUAAAGGUAAUUUGGUGGAUUGGGUGAGUCAGCUCUCUAGCGCUGGCCGAAUUAAGGAUGCCAUUGACAAGAGUCUCUGUGGAAGGGGCCAUGAUGAAGAAAUUGUGCAGUUUUUGAGAAUUGCAUGUAAUUGCGUAGUUUCUCAACCCAAGGACAGAUGUUCCAUGUACCAGGCGUAUGAUUCAUUGAAGAGCAUGGCUGCGGAACAAGGUUUUUCAGAGCAGUAUGAUGAAUUUCCACUACUUUUCGGGAAGCAAGAUACUGAUAAUCCGAUUUGACUUCAGGAGCAAAAGGGUGUGGGAAGUAUGGCGAAACGGUUCUUGCACUUCUGAACGAAUUUUCUGCACCUUAAGGUAUGUUCUCAUACUUUCUGUAUGUAAAACGUUUACCACUUAUUUUAGCUGGCUUUUACUAAUGUAUUUCACACCUAUCAAAAGUAGCUGUGCGAUAACUUUUUGAUUUUUGCUUUCACAAUUCAUGUGAAAUCUGUAUUUCUGCCCUCGUAUCAUGGAAAAUGGCCUUUGAUGCUUCUUGAUGUUGAGAUAUGCUCUGUUGCUUGUAUCCUUAGAAAUUUCACAGUGAAGAUGAUCAUCGGAACUUGUAAGUUGUAAUGCAAUUUCAUAGUGAUAUAUCUCGGGGAUUAUCAUC